GCCCGCUCGUAUCCUGCCGGCCGGCCGGCCGGCCCCAUCGGCUUGGACGGGCCCAAUGCUCUGAUUCUGUCCUAUCUACAACGUAAUAAUACACGCAGCAGCGGCAAGCAACUCCCCUAUCAGACUCCACUCUGCUCUGGCGGCCCGGACCGGGACGUGCACGCCGAUAGACCGAGAGGCGGCGAGAUGAUGGGCCUCAAUGGUCCCUACAUGUCGAUUUCAUGUCGACCUAGCCCCGAGAUCACGGAUAAUCGGAGGAAUCUGAAGGAGCGAGUAGCGAAUCAAUGUUAUCAUAUCUCUAAGUUCGCGGCUCUAUAGCAUCUACUUUCUGUCUCACUUCCGAGAUGCCUCCUCACAAACACUUUAACUGCACAAUUAGCGGUUCGACACCAUGGCUAUUACUUUGAGUAACGAUCAACUUCCCGCCUUUGCUCAAUCGCCUAUACGAGUGGGUGCAAUACUCCUCGUGCUAGGUGUUGUUCUUUACCAGAUCCUAAAGAGGUCUUUCAAGAGAUACCCAUGUCCCCUACCGCCGUCACCACCGGCAGAGCCGCUCUUGGGCCAUUUCCGAACAUUGCCCCCCGAGAAUGCGCACCUCAAGCACAUGGAAUAUGCCAAACGAUUCAAUUCGGACAUUGUUUACUUCAAUGUUUUGGGCAACCACACCAUUGUCUUGAAUAGCCAGAAGGUUGCCAAUGAAAUCCUCGACAAGCGAGGCGCCAACUAUCAGGACCGGCCUGGCUUCGUCCUCUUUGAUGUCAUGGGAUGGGGUCUCACCCUGACCUUUAUGCCGUAUGGCCCGCGCUUCAAGCUUCACCGCUCGGCGCUGCAGCAUGGCUUCACCAAGACGGCUAUCGUCAAUUAUCGGCCCAUCCAAGAAGACGAGGCGAGACAGGCCAUAGCCCGGAUUCUGAAGCGACCCACGGAGUGGGAUUUCUCUCUACGGAGGUUCGCAUCUGCCAUCGUCUUGCGCAUCGGGUUUGGCGUCACUGUGCGGUCUGACGAUGACCCGUACAUCAAGAUUGCCAUCGACGCAAACAUGGCGACGGCAAAGGGUGGAAACCCGGGAGCUGCCCUCGUUGACUACAUGCCCCCGUUCCGCUUCAUUCCCGAGUUUCUCAAUUUCUCGGGCACUCUACAGCACGCCCGAAAAUGGCGAUGGGCCAUCAAAAACCUCCAUGAUAUCCCCUUUGCAGCUAUUAAGAAGGAGUUUGACGAGGGAACUGCGAACCCAUCAUUUGCUUACUCACUCCUGAGCAAAUACACGCAAAAUGAGGAGAAGGGAAUCCCCAAUCAGCUUGAAAUGAAGGACAUCCAAGGAGCUUCCGGAUCCGUGUUCAUCGCUGGAUCAAACACCACUUUGGCCACGACAACCGUUGCCCUUCUCAACAUCAUGCGAAACCCUGAGGUAUUCAUGAAGGCGAGGGCGGAACUCGACCGCGUGGUUGGUGAAGACCGACUCCCAAGCCUGGCCGACCGCCCCAACCUGAGGUAUCUUGACUAUGUGGUUGAAGAGACCACUCGAUGGCGGCCGCUAUCACCUAUCGGUAUCCCGCAUAAGUCCCUGAAAGAUGACACCUACAAUGGGAUGUUCAUCCCGGCAGGAACAUUCGUCUACUACAACACGUACGCCAUGAGCCGCGACGAGAAUGUUUACAAGAACCCUGAAAUCUUCAACCCUGAUAGAUACACGCCAAAGGAAGAGGGCGGCGAUGGGGAGCCCUUCCUCGUCGGUCCAUUCGGAUUCGGCCGCAGGAUCUGUGUUGGACGGCAUCUCGCCCAGGCGUCCGUAUGGAUCGCUGUUGCAACUAUGAUUGCAACGACGGACAUCUCGAAGCCUGUAAGUCCAGACGGAAGGCCGAUUGAUCAGCCGAUCGUGUUUAGCACCGGGUUGUCGAGCCAUCCUGGAAAGUUUGAUGUCAAUUUCCAGCCGAGGUCUGAGAAAGCUACUAGGCUGCUUGCUCAGGCUGUCGGUGAUGCCCAAUGAGCUCAUGAUUUGGUGAUGUUGAUGCAGGGUAGGGAAUGAGAAGUGAAUCGGCGCUGGAGAAGUCAGAGAAUAUUCCUGCGACCGCCGGCCUUGGGUACAUGCUCAUAUAUUGGCAGAAAAGGUGUAAAUAAACAGUUGAAGUCAGUCGAUACGAAUAGAACGUG